AUGGCUUUGCAUGGAUGGCAAGAGGGCUCGUCACUUCGUCCUAAAGGUGGGCGCGCCACGAGGACCGUAGCGGCAGCCAGACAAACUGGCCGCGAGACAGGAAGCCAGCUGGUCCCACUUUCACAGGUCGCGCCUGAGAUCCUCGCAUUCCGCCCGCGCCUAGUCAUCAGGCUACCGGAGGCAUCGGCAUACGCUACAUUGCAGGCGGACCUGGAGUUCUUCUACAACACGCAUGCAGACUUGGACAUGGCCUGGCCUGAUUACCGCUCCCAGAUGAGUGGCAAGGAUUUCCGCACUCAAGUCAUGUCCUUGGUGGACUGUGUACCGGCAAACCGUGAGAAGCAGCUCACUCCUGAUCUCAUUGCGAGCGCAAAGACACACUUUGCGAACAUGAGAAAGGCGGCGAUAGCUGUGCGGCAUGACGUAAUGAAUGUAACUCUCUACCAUACGAGGAACUUUGUAAAGACUGAUGAUCUGUCUCAGCGUUUGAUCAAACCCCCUCAUACAGAUGCAGCUCCCGCCACUUCAACUCGAUUCCCCAGUGGCGCACCCACAGCUUUGGAGCCAACACGCGCAAGCCCUGUCACAAUUGGUGCCUAUGUCGCAGUCAAGAGGUGA